UCUUCACUCCAGCGUUCACUUUGAGUAGAGGGCAUGUGCGGUACGUUUUAGUAUUGAUUUAAGCUGACUCACAACUGAGAAGUCCCACCUUUUGCUCUGAGUGUUCAUAAUCCCAAACUCUUGGGUUUUCUGCAGAUGUUGAUGUGUAAACUCCUAAGUUGACUGCUGCUCACAGAGUUUCUACUCUUUGGCAUCUGCACUUUAGGUGGAUUUAAAUCCACACUACAUCCCUGACGAUCUGAAGAAAAAGUUUUUGAUUUGUUUCUCCACCUGGAAAGAGCUCAUCCAACAAUGCAAAUGCAAAGGACGUGGAUUGUGUUCAUUUAUCUGACAGGCACAGUUUUAUCAGGACAUAGCCAAGAAUCUUGGCACGAUGUGGCUGCAUUAUUGGAAAUCUCUUCUGAGACAUCUGAAAUAGAAGAAGCAACCAUGCAUCCAACACAGAUUGAUACAGGAGGGACAUUUUUGGACACACAUGCUGGUGAAGAGGUUGAGGAUGAGCAUCUCCAAAUGGAUGAAAAUGACACCAAUCAAAAAAGGGCUGAUUUCGAAAAGCUGGAAGCUGGUAGAAGAAGGAGAAGCGCCUGGGGCAGGAAGCAUGCAGCCACAGUGGAGGCCACUGCAUAUAGAAUAGCAGGGUUUGGGCGACCUCUCAUGGGCUGGAGAAAACGAGGAAAAGCAGAGGAGGAGACCAGCGCUCUGAUGGCUGCACUUAAAGAACUUCAUGCUGAGAGAAGAAGGCUGAUGGAUCAUGGGAAAACACAUGAGGAGGAAGAUGAUGAUGAUGAUGACGACGAUGAUGACGACGAUGAUGAUGAUGAAGAAGAAGAGGAGGAAGAAGAAGAAGAGGAGGAAGAAGAAGAGGAGGAAGAAGAAGAAGAAGAGGAGGAGGAAGAAGAAGAAGAAGAGGAGGAAGAAGAAGAGGCAACUGAGUCUCCCAGCAAUCAAACAGAAACAUUCUCCAGCUUUACAGCGUCUCCUCUUGAGUGUCGGACUGCAAACAGAGAAAUCAGCUGCCGAGGCAUCGGCAUGACUCACCUGCCAGUCUUCCAUAACCUCGAGGCCUCAAAGCUGGACAUGGCAGAGAACAACAUCAGAAUCAUCACUCUGCAAAGUUUCUCUGGCCUGCCGAACCUGGACACACUGGACCUGAGCCAGAACAAACUGGAUGAUGAGUCCUUUAGCCAAAACCCCCUAUUUAACUUGACCUUUCUGAAGAAGCUGAAUCUAGAUGGCAACCAGAUUACCACAGUCCCAGCGCUGCCACCAUCUCUGGAGGAGCUGAAGAUCAACAAAAACAAGCUGGGUACACUCACCCCCGACUGCUUCAAAGGUUUGUCAAACCUGCUGAAGUUGGAACUGGAGGAGAAUCUCCUUCAUGAGGGAAGUGUGUCACCUUUAGCUUUCAAACCACUGCAGAGACUUCUGGAUCUCCAGCUGGACAACAACCAUUUCCACUCCGUCCCUUGGGGCCUUCCUGCCUCUCUGCAGGAGCUUGAAAUGAAUGAAAAUCUGAUCAAGGAGGUGACAGAGGAGGCGCUGAGGAACUGCAUUCAUCUGAGAGCGUUAAACCUGAGUCAUAACCAGCUGCAUGAGCAAGGCAUUGCUACCCGCGCCUGGACACGUCUCAGGUCAAUGGAGGUCUUGGACCUGUCCAACAACCAGUUCACUUCAGUCCCGAUGAAUCUGCCUCGCCAUCUCCGUCAACUGAACCUCCAACACAACAACAUCAGCUACAUCCCUGCCUUCACCUUCCGUCACAUACGCCCCGGUCUGCAGUCUCUCCAAAUAUCCCACAAUGCCUUGAGCAAAGAGGGUAUAGAUCGAUUCUCUUUUGUUGGGAUGUACCGCUCACUGGCUGAGCUCCUGCUGAACAGCAAUCGCUUGAGAGAGAUCCCUCGCUGCGUCAGGCAGUUCAAGAACCUGCAGGUGCUGAGACUGGACAGCAAUCAGAUCAGGCUGGUGAGACAGUGGGGAGUGUGUCACCCUCGUAAUUCUGGCUCCACCUUGGCUUCGGUCCACCUGGAAAACAAUCUGUUGGAAGUGGAGAAGAUUCCCACCAAUGCCUUCUCCUGUGUCACGGAUUCCCAGGGACUGGUCCUGUAUCCACAGCAAGGCAACACAUAUGAGAUACCUACAUGAACAGAUACACACAGUACACGUGUGCAUCGACAUGACAGACUUAAACUAAUCUUUCAAGGUAUUUUGUCGUGUGCAUCUUCAUAAUCACCUCAAAAUCAUACAUGGUUUGCAGAAAUAUAGUGUUAUCAUGAUGUGUUCUUAGUCAGUCCGAGCUUUCAUUUUAGCAUCUCCAAACCCACCAUUUUCUUUUACACCUCUUCUUUGAUUGCAAAAAUAACUGUCAUAUUUUGGUAUGUAAUGAAACAAGUAUGCAAUUUGCAUGGUAAUUGAAAUAAUCAUUAUAUAAAACGCCCUUAAAAUGUAAAAGGAUCAUACAUUACAGUGGAAUCAGAAUGUGUUCUAAAGACAGGUUUUACUCUGCCUUUUCAUUGAGGUACAUGAUACUUUGGGAAUUUGAAGACUGAAGAGGAUUAGCCCACGUCUCUAGUCUAAGUCUGGGGUACUUGCAGGGUUUGCGGGAGAAGCCUUUAAUCAGUGUAAGCUGAAAUAAAGGAAGGGUGGUUGAAUGUGACACAGUCAAAUCUAAGAUGUCCCUGAAAGAAAGUUAAAACGCCUGGUGAAACAGUGUGAACCUAAGGGGGCCAUUAGGAAGAAAAAUAUAAACAUCAUGCUGGUUCUCUAUCACCAGAUGAGCUCCAACAUAAACAUCCACCACUGGCUGCUCAGUAAAAAUGCAUAAGGUCGCUUUGACUGUGAAGGGGGCCUCAUUCAAGGCCUCCAAACAUGUAGAGGUGACGUCAGUCACUGUAGGAUUGUGUACAGUAAUUGGGGUACAAGUAUG